CUGUAACUACUUGGCCUCCUCCGUAAAGCGCACGCGCACCUCGCUCUGUUUGCCUUAAGCCUUAAGUCCCGCCUCUUCUGCGUCCUUCGAGGAGGGUGGGAGACGAGAGCUCGUGCGGCCGCUUUCCGCUCAGUCUUCUCCCGCACAUCGUCGCAAACCGGGCCGGAAAGCGAGGCAGCGCAGGCGCAAGCGCUGAGAACCGAGGCGGUGGUGGUGGCUGCCGCUGGCCAAUGUAAGAUGGCGGCGGCGUUGGUGGCGGCUGUGGACGGGGCGGCUGGGCCUGGAACAGUCGGAGCAGCCGCUGGCAGAAGGAUGACCCGAGAUGGGAAGGGGGCUGCUGAGCCUCGCCGGCUCCCGCGCUUGUAACUGCCCCAGCCGGACACCCCCUCUCCCCUUGACCUACCCGAGACAUCUUUGCCAUUUAAACUUCAGCUUUUCUCAGUCCUUCAGUGAAUCUACAGACCUAAUUUCUCAGGAGCUCAGCUUGGCCCUACUUCAGUAAUAAAGGAGAAAAGGCUGGCUACAGUACACAGCAUCCAGGAUGUCCGGCAAAGGGGGCAGCACAGAUGGAGGAACAGACUUGGCUAAUGGAAGCCUGUCUAGUAGUCCGGAGGAGAUGUCUGGAGCUGAGGAGGGGAGGGAGACAUCCUCAGGCAUUGAAGUGGAGGCCUCAGACCUGAGCUUGAGUUUGACCGGGGAUGACGGUGGCCCCAACCGCACCAGCACGGAAAGUCGAGGCACAGAUACAGAGAGCUCAGGUGAAGACAAGGACUCUGACAGCAUGGAAGACACUGGCCAUUACUCCAUCAACGAUGAAAACCAAGUCCAUGACCACUCAGAGGAGGAGGAGGAAGAGGAGGAAGAAGAGCAUCCUCGGUGCCGUGUGCAGCGCAAGCGGGCCAGUCGUGACCAGGACUCAUCAGACGAUGAGCGGGCCCUGGAGGACUGGGUUUCCUCAGAGACAUCAGCCCUGCCCCGACCUCGCUGGCAAGCCCUUCCUGCCCUUCGGGAGCGGGAGCUGGGUUCAAGUGCCCGCUUUGUAUAUGAGGCUUGUGGGGCAAGAGUCUUUGUGCAGCGUUUCCGCUUGCAGCAUGGGCUUGAGGGCCAUACUGGUUGUGUCAAUACCUUACACUUUAACCAGCGUGGCACCUGGCUGGCCAGUGGCAGCGAUGACCUGAAAGUGGUGGUUUGGGACUGGGUGCGGCGGCAGCCAGUGCUGGACUUUGAGAGCGGCCACAAAAGCAAUGUCUUCCAGGCCAAGUUCCUUCCUAACAGUGGGGACUCCACUCUGGCCAUGUGCGCCCGUGACGGGCAGGUGCGGGUGGCAGAGCUGUCUGCCACACAGUGCUGUAAGAACACAAAGCGAGUGGCCCAGCACAAGGGGGCGUCCCACAAGUUGGCCCUGGAACCAGACUCUCCAUGUACGUUCCUGUCUGCAGGUGAAGAUGCAGUUGUCUUCACCAUUGACCUCAGACAAGACCGGCCAGCUUCGAAACUGGUGGUGACAAAAGAAAAGGAGAAGAAAGUGGGGCUAUAUACAAUCUAUGUGAAUCCUGCCAAUACCCAUCAGUUUGCAGUGGGUGGACGAGAUCAGUUUGUAAGGAUUUAUGACCAGAGGAAAAUUGAUGAGAAUGAGAACAAUGGAGUCCUCAAGAAAUUCUGUCCUCAUCACCUGGUGAACAGUGAGUCCAAAGCAAACAUCACCUGUCUUGUGUACAGCCACGACGGCACAGAGCUCCUGGCCAGUUACAAUGAUGAAGACAUUUACCUCUUCAACUCCUCUCACAGUGACGGGGCCCAGUAUGUUAAGAAAUACAAGGGCCACAGAAAUAACGCCACAGUAAAAGGCGUCAAUUUCUAUGGCCCUAAGAGUGAGUUUGUGGUGAGCGGUAGUGACUGUGGGCAUAUCUUCCUCUGGGAGAAAUCAUCCUGCCAGAUCGUUCAAUUCAUGGAGGGGGACAAGGGAGGCGUGGUGAAUUGUCUUGAGCCCCACCCUCACCUGCCUGUGCUGGCAACCAGUGGCCUAGACCAUGAUGUUAAGAUCUGGGCACCCACAGCUGAAACUUCCACCGAGCUUACAGGGCUAAAGGACGUGAUUAAGAAGAACAAGCGGGAACGGGAUGAAGACAGCUUGCACCACACUGACCUGUUUGACAGCCACAUGCUCUGGUUCCUCAUGCAUCACCUGAGACAGAGACGCCAUCACCGGCGCUGGCGAGAACCUGGGCCUGGGGCCACGGACGCAGAGUCCGACGAGUCUCCCAGCUCCUCAGACACCUCCGACGAGGAGGAGGGCCCCGACCGUGUGCAGUGCAUGCCCUCCUGAGGCCUGGCUCCCUGCAGGGGCGGGCUGGGCUGCCGGCCCCAUCCUGCCUGGGCGGUCCUUUCCUGUCCAGGCCCUUAACACUCAGCAGAAACGCACUUUGGACUUCUUGCUUUAGAUAAAAGACAACCCAGGAGAACGACAAACCAGAGGGAGCGAGCCUGCGGAGAACACCUAGAAGUGGGAGUUGAAUCCUGGAGGGGGGUGUUCCGUGGAGAGGUGCACAGGACUGCAGAAAUAGCCUCUCUCCAAAGCCCUUUUUUUGGGAGGGAGGAGUGUAUUUUGUGAACUGGUUUGGGGUAGGGAAUGGGGUUUUCUUUUCUUUAAGCUCCCUGGUUUCUUGGUGGGGGUCGGGGGAUACCCAGCUGUUCAGUACCAAGGGGCCAGAGUGGGGGUGGUGGAGGUGCCGUUCUCUCUUUGGUUUAGGUUUUUGACCUUGUUUUCCUUUUUGACAGUUUGUUUUCCCCCUCACCACCCCUCCCCAACCCCAUCCCAGGAUCCUGUUUUUCUGGGAAGUCCUUUGAGCCCCAGCCAUCCCACUCCCUUCACUUCCUUUCCACCCAUUCGUUCUCUCUAUUUCUCACAGUGUUUUGCACUUGAUUAUGUAUCUUUCACUUUCCUCCCUUCACCCCACCACUCCCUAUAGUAGGUCUGGUGAGGGAGGUUGGGGGCGGGGGAGGAGGGGCAGAAGUGGAGGAAGAAUAGGAAGGAGUUACCUCUUCUGUUGUUUGGUGGCAGCAAUCUCCCUGUCUCUCUCACUGUUAGAGGCCUAAUUUUAUAUCUAUAAAUAUAUUAAAAAGCAAGUCAAAUUUGGAUGUAUCAUGUUAAAACUAUUGUCAAAGUUUAAAUACAUAUAUAUUCCCUCUGACUGCAAUAAAGGGACUUACAGGA